AUGAGAGGACGAGGACGUGGAUCUUCAUCACGGGGUCGAGGAGACCAUGGCAGGGGUAGUGUCCACACAAAUGAAUCAGAAAAUAUCAAUCAAGAUUUGGUACAGCACACUGCUUUGAUUCCUAGACCAGACCAGGGUGAGAGAUCCACACAGGGUGCUGCAUCAUCCACUCCUGCUUCAGUGCACACAUCUGGUACUGCCUCAGCUCCCAUAGGUUUGCCACCUAUUCCACCGAUGGCUGCAUCUGCAUCUGCAUCUGCUUCUGGUAGUUGUGGACCCACAGGAUACAGACCAUAUAUUUCCUUAGUAAACUCAAUCAUGCAACCUUCUGAUCCGAUUGCUAGGCGGAUUACAUUGAUCUUCAAGGAAAAGUUAGUAGCAGAUGGCUUUUGUUGGAAAAAUAUACCAGAAGAGGUUAAAGAAUUCUAUUGGCAAGAAUUUAAGAAACACUUCUUAUGGGAGAAGGCAAUAGAGCAGCUUAUGAAGAUAGCUUGGAGGAAAAAAGCUGCUGAGCGGUAUCGUAGCCUUAUGUGUAGCGUAAGGAAUGGGAAGGAGAAGAGGCUAUCACUGACAGAAGGAGUAAUGGAUGCAUGGCAAUCCGCUUGGGGAGCAACUGAGUAUAAAGAGAAAUGCAAAAAAUUCUCUAAUAACAGAAAGAGUGAAACAGGUGGGCAAGGCGCUGUCCCAUCAAGACAUUGUGGAGGAUCCAUAUCUCAGUAUAGGCAUCAACAACAGAUGCGCGAAAGACUAGGCAGAGAUCCUCUACCUCAUGAGUUAUUUGAUGCUAUUCAUAAAAAGAAGGGUACCUCAGAGUUUGUUGAUGCACGCUCAAAGACCAUUCAUGACCGCUUUCUGACUUUGAAAGAGCAAGCAUCACAGACAGAUAAUGACAGUAGUCAGACAUCCCGCAUUGAUGAGGCUCAGUUAUACUUUGAGGCAGUAGGUGGAGAGAAAAAAAGAAGGGUGUAUGGUCUUGGAUCACAGGCUUCAGUUUUCUUCCCAAACAAGACUUCUGCUAGUACAUCCUUCACAUCAGCUCAGCAAAAUAAGGAUCUUCAAGAUGAAGUGGCUGAUCUCAGACGCAAGGUACAGGAGCGUGAGGAUAAUGAACAAGUAUUGCGUGAGCAAAAUGUGCGGAUUACCUCUGAGCUGUCACAGGUGAAGGAUUUACUUAUGCAGCUUGUGAGUCAAAGGCAAGGCAUCCAGCCUUCAGCUCCUGGUGAGGGAACUUCUGCACAGCCUCCUGAUCAAGCAGAUGAAGCUAAUGAUGAGGACGAGGACGAGGACGAGGACGAAAAUACUACACAUUUAUAG